AUGGGAAUUUCUUCACAACACGUCCUGCUCAUCGCUAUUGCGAUCCUCGUGCUACUACCCGCCGGCGCUGAUGCCUUCGGCGCGGGCAACAUCGCGAGUAUCUCGAAGAUUGAAGGCAAAAACUGGCGACAUGGCGACAUUGAAGACAUGCUCGCGACGGUCGCGUGUUUGAAAGGACACAAGUGGAAGAGCAACAUGAUCAAGCGUGUGUACUUUGGCAACUGGCUACGCGAUUACUCACAGGCUGUUGAUGUGGGCACGUUGGCCAAAGUUCAAGGCGAAACCAUUCGCGUCCUAGUCUGGGUCUUGUCUUUCAUGUCUUUUGGCUAUGCAACUGGAGAAUUCGAGGUUACAGCCGAGAGACUAGGUGUUUAUAGGCCCGAGGAGCAUAUCGUUCAGACAAUCCUGUGGGUAACCUCAGUUUGCACAUACGUGUGUGUUUUGAUACUAACAUUCUCAAAGAAAGACUAUGCCGAUAAUGAAGACGCAAGAAAAUACGACCCUCGUCUUCGAGGACCAGUAUCAGAAGCUGAGCUCGCGGUGGAUCCAAACACCGGUAUGAAAAACUACAUUGCCAAUGAACAUGGCAACUGGGCUACAUCAAGCGGAUAUGUGAAAUACUCAUUUGCGCGCGCCAUCCACUUCGGCCGCCUUUAUACCCACGGAUCAUCAGGUCAACGCGGACGAGACGAGGAUCUAUCGGAAGCGCUUCGCUGUCUGGGUCAAGGACUGCACUGCCUCGAAGAUUUUGGAGCGCAUACUAACUAUACCGAACUUGUGCUACGCGAGCUUGGUUAUCACAACGUUUUCCCUCAUGUGGGCGUACAAGCUGGCAUUAACCUCCACGGAAAGCACACAUAUCCGCUCGUAACUGGCACAUUUGGAGGUGUUGAUUUCUUCCAUUCCGUGCUUGGAGAAGCCAAUGACCACAUAACUCAGACUGAGAUUGAUGAAGUCAACACUGCUCUCGUAGAUGCGGUGUCUGGUGGACCUGGUGGACAGAGAAGCGGACCCGGAGGCCAGUCGAAUGCUUGUGGGGGGUUGAUCGACGUUCUUAGCAAAGUGCCUGGUACUGGGGAUCUCAUCAGACAAGCACAGGAUCUGCAGGCCUCUUCAGACGCACAGGCUGCAGAAAACGCACGCGGAGGUUACGGCGACUACAGCUCUUCCAGAGCUGGACCUAACACCUUCGAUGCACCACCUGGAUCCAUGGGCGGACCCCCAGGACCGGAUAUCCCAGGCACGAACACGGAUCCAGCCACCAUUAUCCCUAAGAUUUAUCCUAUCCUGGUAUUCCGCGACAACGUUGUCCGCAGCAUCUCAGCCAUCAUCUCCAAGAUCCCUGGAUUAGAGAAACUGAUCGAGACCAUCACCGAGCGCGUCACUCUAUUCGUGCUCUCUCUGCUGGCACCUUUCAUUCUACCAAUCAUCAAGACAGCGUCAUCACAGCUGAAGAGCGGUUCCUCUGCUGUCAUCGACUCAGCAGCCAAACAUCAGUUUGAGGUCUGGAACGACCCCUCGUCUACCAACCCAACCCACAGCAUGUUAUCCAAAGAUCACUUCUCGAACGUCUUGAACCCGCCAGCCGGUCAAGUCGCUGUAGCGAUCUUGCAGUACGUCGCACCUCGCGUGAUCUACGCUUGGGACCACCCAGAUGUUCCUGUCGACGAAGUUCUGAACGACUGCAUGCGCGUUUUCCACCACCCAGCACUUCGAGACCCGCACUGCGAAGUACACAACGAAAUGUUUAAGGUCGUUGAGAAAUGGGCCCGCAACUACCACGGCAAAGAUUUAAAUCAGGUUCUGUCUUCGGAAUCCGUCAAGGCCGGGCACAAUCACAGUGGCGGGAACGAUCACUCCACAGGCCAUAGCCAUGGGGCGGUGAAUAUGUCGAGCUUUGGAGGUCACAGCCAUGGCAGUGGAGGCACCCACGGCGGUGGCUAUCCUGGCCAACAACAGUCCAGCGGAUCUAAUGACCUUCUUGGUUCCUUGACCAGCAAACUUCCUGGUCCCCUUGGUGGUAUGCUCGGCAGCCUUGGCGGCAGCUCUGGAAAAACUCGCGACAUGGACGAUAACUUCUCUGCUUCCUCUUCAUCAGCACCAGCACCAUACCAGCCGUCACCGUCGCCGCAACCUAACCAGUGGGCUGGUUUCCAACCCUACCAGUCAUCGUACUCGGGUGAAGCUUACCAACCGCCCGCCGAGUACAGCAACGCGGUACCUUCUGGCGGAUACGGAUGGGGUCAGGGUCAGUACUCGGGAGGCCAAGGUGUGGAGCCUAGCUAUACUGUUCCGACAAAUUACCAGCAGGGGUACGAAAAUUAUAACACUGGGCCAGGAGGCUUUGCUCAACCACCAGCUCAACAGCCACCUCCGGGAUCUUAUGGAGCAUACGGACAGGGCGGUGCAUACGACCAGGGUCCGUCAGAGGGCAGUGCAAGGCAGUGGGGCAGCGGCGGGAACUCAGGAUGGUAG